AUGUAGUAAUUUAAUUAUAGGAUGCGAUUGUGCUUUGGACGAUGCACCCUUGGGAGAGAGAUGCUCGAUUGUUGAAAGAGUGGUUGAACAAAGGACCUCAAUACAACAAUUUGCUAAUAGAAAUCGCGUGCACAAGAUCUUCUGAUCAAUUAUUGGGCGCUAGAAAAGCUUAUCACUCUCUCUUCAAUCACUCCAUCGAGGAAGAUGUUGCAUUUCACGUUCAUGGACCCCAAACAAAGGUAUGAAGGUCGAAAAGUAAAUGAAGAAAUUGCGAAAUUUGAGGCCAAAGCACUUGUUGAUGCCAUAAGGGAAAAUGAAAAGAAGGGUCGUCCUAUAUUGGAAAAUGAAGAGGUUGUGAGGAUAUUAUCCACAAGGAGUAAGCUCCAUCUUCACGCAGUUUACAACCAUUAUAAGGAAAUUAGUGGCAACUAUUUAGAUGAGGAUAUUGAUGGCGACUCCACCUUGUCAAAGUGGCGGUACAGUGCUUAUGCGUACCACACAAAUAUUUUAGCCAGCUUCAAGGUCUUGGAUGCAUCAUUGAGAUAUGAUGCGGAUGAGAUAAGCAAAGAAGGGUUGACUAGAGUAAUUGUGACAAGAGCAGAUGUAGAUUUGAAGCAAAUUAAGGAAGAAUACCACAACAAAUUUGGUGUGGAUCUUACCAAAAAGAUUGAAGAUGUCGCCAAUGGGAACUAUAGAGAUUUUUUGCUCACUCUAGUUGCGAGAGGAGAUUGAGUUGAGUUUUGGGGAACGUUUUCAAUAAAAGUGUUCAAAAUUUUCUAAUAAAUAUGUUGUUUUACUCUAUGUUUUUUUUUUUCUACAUUUUCAAUUUUUAAUUUCAUUUUGACCUCUAUGGCUUCGAGAUUGUCAUGACAUCAUAUUGUUGAGACGAUUCUGAGUAAUAUCAAGCCAAAUAUUACCUUUUAUGUGAUAUAUAUUAUGAUCUAUAUGAUUGUGUAUUGUAAUGUUUA